AUGACGCCACGAAAACAUGGUGGAUCAUUGGAUGAAGAUAAACUUUUUGAAAAUGUAUCAAAAGAUGAUUGUGAAAUUAUAAAAAAGUUCACUUUGGGUGUAUGCGCUAUGGAAAGUAAAGUAGAAAGUGCACCUAUGGAAUGUAUAUUAAAACGGCUAGCUAAAAGUGGAGAUUUUAAUAUAAUAAAAUUUAAAGAAGAUGUUAUAUUAAAUCAAGAUAUAGAUUGUUGGCCAAUUGUAGAUUGUUUAAUAGCAUUUUAUUCAUAUGGGUUUCCAUUAAAAAAAGCCAUCGAAUAUGUGAAAAAAUAUAAUCCUAUAACAUUAAAUAAUUUAGAAAAACAAUUAAUAUUAAGAUCGAGAUUACAAGUAUAUGAAGAGUUAAAAAAAUGGAAAGUUCCACAUGCGAAUUAUGUGGUUGUUGAUCAUGAUACAGUAAAAAGAGGAGAGCACAUUUUUGAAGAAUAUUAUGAUUAUAUUGUUUAUGAUAAUAUAAGAUUAAAUAAACCAUUUAUAGAAAAACCAAUAAAUGCAGAUAAUCAUAAUAAUUGGAUUUAUUAUCCUAAAAACACAGGAGGAGGAUGUAAAAAAUUAUUUCGAAAAAUAAAAGAUCGAAGUAGCGAAUAUUGUCCUGAUAUACAUCAAGUUCGAACUAAUGGUACAUAUAUAUAUGAAGAAUUUUUAUCUACAUUUGGAACCGAUAUAAAAGUUUAUACAGUUGGUCAAAUGUUUGCACAUGCAGAAGCACGAAAAUCGCCUGCAUUAGAUGGAAAAGUAUGUAGAACAUCUGAAGGAAAAGAAGUUAGAUAUGCUGUUAUAUUAUCUGAAGCAGAAAAAAUAAUUGCGUAUAGAAUUGUUGAAGCAUUUCAACAAACAGUUUGUGGAUUUGAUAUUUUAAGAACAGCCAAUGGUCCAUUUGUAUGUGAUGUAAAUGGAUGGUCUUUUGUUAAAGGAAAUAUAAAAUAUUAUAAUGAUUGCGCACAUAUAUUAAGAGCUAUGUUUUUAGCAAAAUUAGAAGAAAAAUAUAAUAUAAUACCACGAGAUUUAGCUGAUAAUUGGUAUAGUAUUGAAAAUGAAGAAGAAGUUUUAAGAAAAACUUUUAGGCAACCUGAUGAUUUGCAUUGUUCACAUCAUGAAGAAUUAUGUUCUGUGAUUAUUGUUAUGAGGCAUGGAGAUAGAAAACCAAAACAAAAAAUGAAAUUUAUAACAAAUAAAACUUUAUUUUUAGAAUAUUUUAAUAAUGAUGAUAGUUUAUAUAACUUAAUUGAUAAUAAAGUUACACAUGAUGGUUCGACAGGGAUUAGUACAACUGGUAGUGGUAUUGCAUCUAACAGUUUAAGUAGCACAAUACAUUUAAAUAAUUCUUCUACUCCUUACAAUUAUGAUAUGUUAAAUAAAAACGGUUCUAAUUGUGCAAAUUUAAAUAAGACAUAUUUAGAAAAAAAUAUAUCUUAUAAUUAUAUAGAAAAACAAGAAGAAUCCAUAAAAAAACAAAAUAUUAAUUUAUCUAUUUCUAUUGAUCAUACUUCAACAGCCAUAAAAAGUAAUUCUCAAAAUGAUGAAGAAAGAAAAUGUAAUUUACAAAAAAGUUAUACAAAAAAACAAAUAAAAUUCAAAUCCCCAGAAGAAUUACAAGAUCUUUUCCUAAGAAAUAAUAUAAUAUUAAAUGAAAUUGAAAAAGAAUACAAACAUAUAAAAGAUGAAAUAAUUAAUAUUCAUAACAAUUAUAAUGAGCAUGCUGAUCAAAUUAGGGAUGAUAAUGAUUUGGCCGAAUUAGAAGCAAAACGUACAGAAUAUGAAGUUAUGAUUGAAAAUCAUAAAACAUUAUAUAAAAUUUUAGAAAGGGGAGAUGGGUUUACUGGAAUAAAUAGAAAAAUCCAACUAAAACCAAUCGACUUUGAAGUUAUAAAUGAUAAAAUUAUAGUAACAAAAAUAUUAUUAGUAGCAAAAUGGGGUGGAGAAUUAACCAGAAUGGGAAGGAGACAAUCCGAAAAUUUAGGAAAAAGAUUUCGAGCAACUUUAUAUCCAGGCGAUUCAGAUGGUCUAUUAAGAUUACAUUCAACUUUUAGACAUGAUUUUAAAAUAUUUACAUCAGACGAAGGUAGAUGUCAAAUAACAUCUGCUGCUUUUACAAAAGGAUUUCUUGACUUAGAUGGCGAAUUAACACCUAUAUUAGUAGCUAUGGUUAUAAGAAAUUCAAAAGCACAUAGCUUAUUAGAUGAUAAUAGUCCAAGCAUAGAAAGAACGAACUGUAAAAGUUAUAUUGACAAUAUUUUAAAUGAAAACAAAGAUAUUGAUGAUGAAUUAUUAAAAAAAUUAACAUGUGGGAAAUAUUCCAGAGGAUUUAGAGAAUCUUUAAAAAAGAUAUCAAACUUUUAUGAACUUAUGGAAAGAAUUAGAAAAACUAUUUAUGAAUUUUUAAAAAGCUUAAAUCAAGAAGUGCAGAAAUGGUUAAAUUUAUUUCCUUAUGAUCAAUAUGCAUUAUAUGUCAUUGAUAUUUUACAUGAAAUACAAGUUAGAUGGAAAUCGUUAACAAAAAUGUGGUAUAAAAAAAAUAUAAAUAAAUAUGAUACUUCUAAAAUUCCAGAUAUUGUAGAUAAUGUUCGAUUUGAUUUGAUACAUCAUCAUUCUUAUUUAGGGAGUGGGCUUGAUAAAGCUUUUGAAAUAUAUAAUUUAAUCGAACCUUUAGCAAAUUUUAUAUCACAAGCAGAAUAUGGCAUUACACCUGAAGAAAAGGUUAAAAUCGGAGUUAAUAUUGUUGGGAAAUUACUUCGAAAACUUAUACAUGAUGUAACUUAUUAUAGAGAUGAAGAAGACAGAAAUAAAAAAAAUGCAAAAGGAAAUACUGCUAUCAAAAAUGCGUACCAUAUAUCUUAUAUUCAUUCUCGUUCCAUUGCUCGUAGUGAAGAUCCUAAACAACAUUCUUCACAAUCAGCUUCCAAAUUAACAGAACUUGGCGCAGAAUCGAUUGACUGCGAUUCACUAAAACCAUUUAGUGUUUGCAAGGACGAUGCAAAAAGAAAUUUAUUAGAAAGUUUUCCAUUUACCAAAUUAGGUAAUACUGAUAAGAAAAUUGGAAAGGAUUAUAAACCAAGUGGGGAUACACAAUUAUGCAAUGAUGUUCGAACAGAUAAACACAUAUGUUCGAUUAGUAACAAUUCAGAUUCUUCUGAAAUAUUGGGUGAUAAAAGUUCAAAAUUUUAUAAUGCAUCUAUUUUAGAUGCAAACAGAACUGUCAAGAAUGCCUUUUUACAUAAUCAUUUUAUUUCGCCUCUAAAAAAUGAGGAAAGGAAAUCGAAUCCAAACUUAUUCAAUAUUAGAAAUGUAUGCACCGAUUACAAAAUAAGUAAUAAUAAUAAUAAAGAAAAAUUAAAUGGAAAUAUAAAAUCAGAUAAUAUUGAAAAUAGUAAUAAUAUUGAAAAUAGUAAUAAUGCUGAAAAUAGUAAUCAUGUUGAAAAUAGUAAUAAUAUUGAUAGCCAUCUGGAAAAUAAUUACACAAUAAAAAUCGGAGAAAAUAAAUCACAAAAUGUUGAUAAAAACAGAACUAUCGAACCGAAUAUAAAUACAAACAAAAAGGAUAACUUUGAAAUCCAGGAUACAAAUAACGCAAAUAUAUUCCCGAAUAAAAAUUCAACUAAUAGUAAUAGAAACAUUAUGAACACGCCACAUCGAAAAAAUUAUAAUAUUGGUACAUCUAAUAAUAAUAAUUAUGCAAUUAAUAAUUCUAUUUAUAAAUUGGGCUCUAAUUAUAUGAAUAGUGAAGAUACAGAUGCAAGUAAUUAUAUAAAUAACUAUUCAUAUAAUAAUUACACUAAAGAUGAACUUCCUAAUAAAUUUUUAAAUAAAAAAGAAGCAGUUGUUAUAAAUUCUUCUGAUUUAUGGGCUCAUCAAAAUAAAUACAGAAAAGAAAAUAAUGAAAAACAAAAAAUUAAAAAAAUCAAAAAUCAAAAAGAAGUAGAACCCAUUGAAAAACGUAGGGAUAUUGUUAAUGGAAAUACAAGUGCAGAUGCAAAUUCCGAUUUAAUUUUAGACAAAUAUGGAUCUGAAUUUAAUAAAUAUGAAGGUAACAAUACAACAUUUGAGAAUGUAAAAGAAAAUUUUAGAAAAAGUGCAACGAAUAAUUCUAAUAAAAAAUUAUACACAAAAGAAUCAAAUAUUAAGGCAUCAAAUUCCGAGAUUGACAAGGAAACAUGUGGAAAUGUCGAACAAAUUGAAAAUGAAAAUCGCGACAAGUGUAUAUCAAAGCAAGACAUCAAAAAUUCGAAUAAUCAAUCUUUACAAAAUAAUAUACUUGUAAAAGAAAAUAACAAUAAACUAGAUGAAAAAAGUAUUAAUGAAUCUGAAAAAGAAGGAAAGAAAUGUACAUAUUAUAAAGAAGUGGAUAAAAAAAUAGAAAUAAAAGUAGAAAAAAAAGAUGAAACAAAUAAUGUAGCAAAAAAUCAAGAACAAGAAAUCGAAAAAAAUGAACAAUUAGAAGAUGUAGAACAAGAUGAACAUGAUGAAGGUGAAGUACAUGACGAUGGAGAAGAUAUAAUACGAUUAAAAGAAACAGAUGCAAGAAGGUUAGGAAUUAGAUCCCCUUGGAGAAUGGUUAGAUCCAGAUAUUAUGUUACAUCUGCAUCUCAUAUGAUGUCUUUACUAAAUAUAUUAAUACAUUCAAAAAAUGCAGAUAAUUCAAUAAGUCAGAAUAUUAUUGAUAAUGAUUCUAUAAAAAGUAUAGGAGAUGUUACAGAUUUGCAUUAUUUGUCACAUCUCGUUUUCAGAGUUUGGGAAAGAAAACAUCUAAAAAGAAACGAUAGUAAUCGAUUCCGUAUAGAAAUUUUAUUUAGUUCAGGUGCCAAAGAUGGAUUCGGACAAAAUUAUGAACUUUUAGAAAAAGAUGCAAAAGCACAACAACAAAAAUAUGAAAGACAUAUUAACAAAUAUUUAGAUGAAAAUAAAAGAGAGUUAAAAAAUGAAAGCAAACAAAAUGAUUUAUCUGGGUCAAAAGGUGAUGAAAAUAUACUUACUAAAUCAAGUAGCAAAAAUAGAGAAAAUCAAAAUAUUAACAAAUCUUCUAUUAUUGAAGAAGAUGAUAAUAAUAAUAAUAAUAAAAUAUCAGAACACUUAAGUAAUGUUACAGAAUUAAAGAAAAAUGGAAAAAGUGAGCAACUCACAUCUAAUAUGCUCGAAAAAGAAGGAAACAAAAAAUAUAUAUUUGAUUCGAUUCCAAAUAUAUUGAAUCAUUCAUUAAACAGGCCUCUAAUCAAUUAUAAAGAAGAACAAGAAAGUCAAAGCAGUGUUAAUACAACUAUUCCAAAUCCAAUUGAAAAUAAUGUUAUAGGGAAUAUUAACACGAAUCUCGAUUCAAAGAAUCAAAAAAUUUUCACACCUACAACAAAAAAAAUUAGUGAAUCUGGAAAAUCAUUAACAUCUAAAGAUGCAUAUAUCAGUAAUACGAAAGAAACAUUAGAAAAAAAAAUAUAUUCUUUUUCGAAUAAUUGGAAAAAUAAAGAAACAAUAUUAAAUUCUUUGAAAGAAUUUAGAUUCGAAAAUAAUCAAAAAAUAAAUAGCGAAUUUUAUAGAAAAGAAUUAUCAUACUCAUUUGAACAAUUUAGAGAAAAAAUUAAUACAUAUAAUAAGUCUAGAAAAUAUAUGGUUAGAUCUAUUAGCUCUAAUUUAAGAAAAAAUAUAUAUAAUAAUAAAGAUAUAUUAAAAUUAAAUUUUGAAAAAAAAGAAAAAGAAGAUAUCACAAAAGACAACUUAUUAACAUAUGAAAACGAAUGUGUCCAAAUAAGAUCCACUGAAAAUAUUAGAAAAUCUUAUAGAAGUUUUUCAUAUCGAAGCAAUGCAUCUUUACAUACAGAUUUAAAAGAUAUAGACACUAAUAUUAAUAGUAAAAUAAAAACAAAUAUAAAUAAUAUGAAUAGCAUAGUACCUAACGAAAAUAAAAGUAAAAUAAAUUUUGAAAAUGAUUUUGAGAAUAAUAAAGAUGACGAGGAAAAAAAAAAUAUUUUUUCUCAUGUUUUUCAGCAUUUUAAUGAAAAAAAAAAAAAUUCAACUUGCAAUUUAAAAUUUUUUUAUAAAACUUAUAUGCCAGAUUAUGAAAAGAUUAUAGAAAAUGAUAAAAAAUCUGAAACAUUUGAUGUACCUCCAUAUUGUGAAUUAGCUCCAUUAAUUGUUUUAACAAAAAAUUGUCAGUUAUCUACAUUUGAAAAUAUAUUAACACAAAUUGUAAACAAAUACUCUAAGACAAGUAAAAAUAAGGACAAAUUAAAAUCUCAGAAAAAUGACAAAACAUAG